AUGACAGGUCGCAGUCCCAUAGAACAUGUCAAGGGUAUGACAGGUCGCAGUCCCAUAGACCAUGUCAAGGGUAUGACAGGUCGAAGUCCCAUAGAACAUGUCAAGGGUAUGACAGGUCGCAGUCCCAUAGAACAUGUCAAGGGUAUGACAGGUCGCAGUCCCAUAGAACAUGUCAAGGGUAUGACAGGUCGAAGUCCCAUAGAACAUGUCAAGGGUGUGACAGUUUGCAGUCCCAUAGAACAUGUCAAGGGUAUGACAGGUCGCAGUCCCAUAGAACAUGUCAAGGGUAUGACAGGUCGCAGUCCCAUAGAACAUGUCAAGGGUGUGACAGGUCGCAAUCCCAUAGAACAUGUCAAGGGUAUGACAGGUCGCAGUCCCAUAGAACAUGUCAAGGGUAUGACAGGUCGCAGUCCCAUAGAACAUGUCAAGGGUGUGACAGGUCGCAGUCCCAUAGAACAUGUCAAGGGUAUGACAGGUCGCAGUCCCAUAGAUCAUGACAAGGGUAUGACGGGUCGAAGUCCCAUAGAACAUGUCAAGGGUAUGAUCCCAUAG